AUGUCAGGCGAAGUAUUUGACGAUAGGGGAGAAAUAGCACGGAAACAGUUGCUUCAAAAUGUAGCCGAUCAGGGGCAGUUAUUUGAUAUCUCCGUUCUAGGAAUGAUGUUGAUAGCUGAAGGCAUUGAAAGGAAGCAAGAAGCUCUGAUCAUAUUAAACAAUGCCUACGUUAAUACUAGAAGAAGUUGGAAUCUAAGACAUACCUGUAACAAGGUUCAAAACCACUUGGUAAGGAGAAUAAAUGAGAUAAAGUUCCAUGGCUUACAUAGAAGUUGUGCGAAUCAUCCUUUUGUGAGCAGUUACCGAACAACUUUUAUGGAGCAAUACAAUAGGUAUAAACGGUUAAAAUUUUUGGCCAGAUGUUCUCGCGUAUCCUUUAAGAAAAUGAAUUACUUUUCUUUGACUCCAAGGUUGAAGAGACUGUAUGCUUCAAAAGCCACAGCUGCUUCCAUGCAAUGGCACUCUGAGAAUCAUGCACAUUAUGCUGGAAUAAUGUGUCAUCCAUCCGAUUCAGAAUCUUGGAAGCACUUUGACAAAAUUCAUCCUUCAUUUGCAGCAGAAGUAAGUCACCCAUAUAGAAAGGAUAAAAAUAAGUUCAAGAAGAAUCGUAAAGUGAUAGAAGGUCCUCCUCCAAGUAUGAAUGGUGUACAAACCUUAUGGGAGAUUGAACAACUAGGUUUGGUAAAAGUGACUAAACUAAAUGUUGAUGAUGUAAACAAAAGAUGUGGUGAUCAUGGGAAGACGAAGGACAAUGUAGCAGCCAGAAGAGAUCUGAAGCUUUAUUUUUGGAAGAGAAAAGGAGUCAAAGAUAAUGAAAGAGCAUACUACGCUCUGGACAAGAAUCAAAAGAAAUCCAUAUGCCAAUGGGUGGAGAAAUUGUGUUCCCCCGAUGGUUAUGUUUCUAAUUUGGGGAGGAAUCUAAAUCAGUUGAAAAAAGAUGUGAAAAAUAAAGCUCGAGUGGAAGAGUCUGUUGUUAACACGUAA